AUGUCUAAUUCACUUAAAGCUAUCAACAAAAAAAUAUCAAAGAGAAAACAGGUUUACAAACCUCUGUUGGAUAACCCUUUUACUAAUGAAUCCCAGGUCUGGCCACACGUGAAUGAUCAGCAAUUGGUAUGGGAAUUGCUACAAUCGGAUGUGCUUUCUGUCUGUAAGCGUUUAAAAGAUUCUGACCGCAGUGAGUGGCCGUUAGACGUUGCGUUUACCUUCAACGAGAUUAAUGAAUAUCUUUGUAACAAUGACAAGGACGAGGAAGUUUUGAUGUUUGCAUGCAACAGAGACCAAGGUGUGCCAUCCGUGCUCUUGCAACAAGUGCCAUUAAUAGCAUACAUGUCAAAAACAAAAGUCACACUAAUUCAAUUACCUAGAAAUUCUGCACAAGUAAUAGUGGAUUCUUUACCGCUAGGGGAUGAUAGUUUCGAUGGUUUUUUAAUGGUACGUUGUAACGAAAAAAUCAAUGCUCAUUUUAUGAGGACGAUAAAAUCAAAAGUUUCUGAACAAAAGAUACCAUGGUUAACCAAUUUAAAAUACCAGAAAGCAAAUAUUAAGUUAGUUAAAACUACAAUACCAAUGAUUUCCAAAAAUAAGAAUAAACAACCAAAUCAAAAAGGGGAGGACCUGGAAAAUCAGAAACAAGAGAAAUAUACAAAUACUCACAAGCAAAUCCCCAAAAAAUGA